CGGCCGCUACGAGGCGCGGGCCGGCGGCCGCCGCUGGCCCGAUGGAGGAGGAGGAGGAGGAAGAUGGAGGCCGGGGAGCCGCGGGGAGGUCGACGGCGGCGUCCGGCCGCUUCGUGCGGUGCCUUUACGCGGUGGGCUUCCUGGAUUUAUUUGGUGUGAGCAUGGUUGUACCUUUAAUGAACCUUCAUAUCAAAUCUCUAGGAGCAAGUCAUACAGUUGCUGGAAUAAUAGGAUCUCUCUAUGGUAUAAUGCAACUAUUUUCCAGCACAUUUGUGGGCUGCUGGAGUGAUAUAGUAGGAAGACGGUAUUCCCUGCUUGCUUGUAUUCUUCUUAGUGCGCUGGGUUACUUCCUUCUUGGAACAUCCACCACCGUGUUCCUGUUUGCCAUUUCUAGAGUCCCUGUAGGUAUUUUCAAACACACACUCUCCAUCUCUAAAGCCCUGCUUUCUGACUUGGUUUCUGAGAGAGACCGCCCUUUAGUAAUGGGACGCUUCAAUGCAGCCUCUAGUGUGGGCUUCAUUCUGGGACCUGUUGUUGGUGGCUACCUUACAGAGUUGGAAGAUGGCUUUUAUCAAACGUCCUUCAUCUGUGCCUGUAUCUUCCUUCUGAAUGCUGGUCUUGUCUGGAUGUUACCCUGGAGUGAAGGAAACACUGGCAAUAGGGAACAUCAAGGAGGCAACAAAGGAACAGACAGUUUCUCAGCAAAAGCAAAUCAUGACCUGCACUUGAAAUCAGCAAGUAAUGGAGCUAUGGCAAGGGAUAGUCUUUUCCAGUCUCCAUGGAUCCAAGUUGCAACGGUGCUGAAGAGGAUUAAAGGAAUUGCGUGCUCUGAUCUGUGGGAUAUAUUUUUAGUGCGGUUGCUGAUGUCUGUUGCUAUACUGCUGUACUAUAGUAAUUUUAGUCUGGCCUUGGAGGAGCGAUUUGGGGUGAAACCCUUAUUCGCUGGAUACCUAAUGAGCUAUAGCAGUGCACUAGGAGUCCUGGCUGGUUGUCUGCUCGGACCAAUAACAAGACUCUAUCAGCACAACACUUACAGAAUUUUGUUGCACUCCAGCACUCUUACCUGCACGUUGAUUCUCCUGUAUGCGUCAGCGCUGAGCAUAUGGAUGGUCAUUUUGUCUUCCACAUUCUUAGCCUUUUCAACUACUAUAGGUCGUACUUGUAUUAUUGAUCUUGAAUUGACCAUUGGUGGGAAUGAGGCCAGCGGUACGCUCCUAGGUGUUGGACAGUCUGUGACAUCAGUGGGACGUAUAGUUGCCCCGCUCCUUUCUGGAAUUGCUCAGGAGUUCAGUCCUUGUGGCCCCCCAAGUCUAGGGGUUGGACUAGCUUUAGUAGCUAUUCUGAUAAUGAACGCGAACAAACAAAAAUACUGUAGCCAUGGAAAUGUUAAAUUAAAAAAUCAAUAGCUGCAAAGUUGGAUUGCAUAGAGAUAUCUUGCAGGAGAGGCAAAGUGAAUCAACCUGGGGUGAUGCUUACACCUGCCAGACUUGUACAGUAGUAACAGGAUCUUUUAAGAGGGCACAUUAUGUUCACGUGGAGGCAAGUACAUAUAAAUAUUUCUGCUGCAGGGAUGUUAAUGCUAGACAAAUGUUAUUCUAACUGGUACCACUAGAACACUUGCGAGAGGGACAAAUGUUGCUGUAUUGUACUGGCUGGGAUUUUUUAAGGAAUUUUUAAACUUUUUGGAGGGAAAAAAGCAUUACAUGAAAUACACAAAUCCUGCUUGUAGCUCACAUUUGAAACAGUGUUUAGGUUGAUAGAUUGUUAAAAGUCGGAAGUUGCUUCUUAUUAUUUAAUCAGAGGUGAAUUUUUAUUGUUUAAUCAGAAGGAGAAUUUGCAAUGUAGCUCAUUAGCCUUAAUUUCUUAUGCUGUGGUCUGCUGCCAUUUGUCUGCUGUGACGGUAGCUUAAUUAACAGAGUGUUUGCUUAUGUGAUUUUGUUAAGCAUACUUUCUCUACAAAACUUGCUGCACAGCAUGAUUAGGCACCUUGGGGUAGCCAUCCAACUCCUGCUGAUUCCUGGUCUUUCCCAGGUAACAAAACUGGGUAUAUGCUAACUUCAUGUAUUAGAAGGCCUAAAAUGGACAAUUUUAGAAUAAUAUGGCAUCAUUCAGACUGAAACUGAGACUGAAUGUAAGCUUUAUUGAAACUUGAACUGAUGGUUUCUGUUUAGUAGUAACUUCUACUGAGCAACUUUGUCAUAAAUUAUUUGUUAAUGUUUCCUGUGCAAUUUUUCCAUCAUUUUAAGAAUAAAUUUGCUUCUUAAUUCUUUUGAAUGACUGUUAAAGGUGAGCUGGAGCAACUAGCAGUACCUCAUGGAUCUGGAUUAAUGCAUUCUCUCUCAUCUCUGGAGGCAUAAGUGACAUUUCAGUGACAAGAAGGACUGUUUGUUUGUUGGUAUUUUAGUCUUCAUUUGUCUGCACUGCUUAACUAAUGAGAGGUUACUCUCAGAGCUAUACUGAGAGUUCUAGCACUCUCCUGUGCUAUUUACUGUUCAAGCUCAUAUUACUUGCAAGUCACCACUGUUUGCAUUUCAUUUGAAACAUAUGAAAAAUGUAUUUUGUACUGCUAACGUUCCAUAUGCUUUUCCUAGUAUUACUUGAUGAAAGUACAAAGUCAACUAUGUAUAAUUGUUGGGUGGAUUUUUUGAUUAAAAACAAUUCAGUUAUCUCCUUGAACACAUCCAUGCAAAUAGCAUUGCUGUUUCAGGAGAGUCAUAGACGGUGUUUUGCAUUUUUAAUUUUUUUUUUAUUCUUUACCUUUUCCAGUGCCUGCUAUCAUUUAAAGCCUUGUUGAAACCUCAGUGAUUCCAGUGGCAGCACUAUGGGAACAUGUAUAGAAUUCUGAGUUGUUUUAAUUUUAUAUAUUGACAUAAUGAGUGUGUGUCUUAUUACUGCUGAUUUCAGUACGUAUCCUCAGAGUUCCUUAUUGUAAUAAUCUGUGUUUCAUUUCUCCCUAGGAACUUGCGGCAUUUUCAAGUGUCAUCUCCUCUUGUCUUGCUUGGUAGAUGCCUCAAAACAUUCUGGCCCUAAAUUUCCUAUUUUCUUUCUUUCCAUCUUUUAAAUUUUUUUUUUUUUUUUACAUAAAACCACCCUUCUGUAAGUCAGGGACUUCCGUUUUACAGCUACAGCAAGGGGUGAAGGAAAAGGGUAGGAAAAAAACCCUUGAAAAUUAAUAUAUAUGAAAGAUUUAGUAGUUUUUACUAUAGUUGUUGGUUAUAUGAGGUAACAUAACAUUUCCCCUUCUAAGUUGCUGCACUGAUGAAAGCUGAAUUCUGUAAACACCAUAAAAUUCAGUUUAUACUAACAUAUACAGCUGCCUGAAUAUUGCUUUUCUGCUUAUAAAAACUUCAAAACUUCACUGUUUCUGUUAUACGUCAGUGAAAAAAGUGCUUUCCACAAUCAGCAGAUAUUUUUGUUUUAUUUUGAAAAAUAGUUCUCCAUAUACACUAAAUAAAAAUGAAAUUAAAUAAUCAAAUUGAGAAAUCUGUGGAAGGCUGUGGUCUCAGGGACAUGUUGCAACUGAUGUUACAGAAGAGAAGUUUUUUACUUGUAGGCCAAAAUGAUUUCUGAAGUGCUGCAGAAACGUUUCUUCUUUGUAAAGCCUCAGUUACAGAAAAGUUGCCCCCCUCUUUUUUUUUUUUUUCUUUUUUUUAAGGGCUAGAAAUAAAUGAAGUGACAUUCCAUGUGUAUCAUUUUGUCGCUGUGUUUUUUCCCCUCUUCCUCUGCUGAAACUAGGGCACAAAACAGAGGUGGUCACCAUGAAGUGCAGAUUUUUUUUUAUUUUUUUUUUUUUCAAGCUGUUCCUUAAAAUGAUCAUUUGAAUCUACGUACUUUUCACAUAAAAGACACAAGAGCCAAGGAUUCAACCAAGACAUGGCUUGACAGUGAAUGAAAAAGAAGAAGUAAAAGAAAAUGGAGAACUUAGCAGUUUUGAGAUGGAGUGCUUAAAGCUACUGUUCCUAGUGCUUGGAGACCAUGUUUGGAUCCCCGGUGUUGUCUUUUAGUUGCCAUAACCAUGCAAGUUCAGAGAGUGAUGAAUAAAUGACAUCCCUGGAGAUAAGGAGCUGUGACUCCCCCUUUUAAGUUGUGGGAGGAGCAGUUGCAGCCAUUUUUGGCUUCAGUCUAGUGGCUUUAGUGAAUUACUCAGCAUUUUCUUGAAUCCAGUGGUGGUAUCUGAAGACUGUAACAAAACAGAUCUGAGUAUGGACUAAAGAGAAAGCUUCUACCUGCAAAUUACUAUAAAUUAAGAUUUUUCUCUUGCUUGCUGUUACUUUAGUUUUUGGUUGGUUUUCUUGGGCUUGUAGGCAGGGUUGGGUUUGGGGGGGUUUUUUUUGCUUUUUACCUUUUGAAAUUCUCACUUUUUUAACAGUGACUAUUUUUCUGACCUUUAUGAUCAGCUGAUGUUGAAGACGCUGUGUAUACAAUACAGUAAUUUAUUUCUGUAAAACAGCUGGUAGCAUAUAUGUACUGAUUUUGUUUCUUUUAAAUGAUGAAGCAAAUGUAAGAUUUAUUCCAUGUUGGUGUACGCUGCAUACAUUUGAAGAGAUUCUUUAUAAACAUACCAGUUCUGCAGA